UGUGUGAGUUGUUGCAUAUGGGAUAGGGUUUGAAGAGGGAUGGAAGAGAAAUACCAAAGCCUGGAAAUUGUAGAGAAGAACCCAAAAUCGGGUGUUUCCUAUCUUGUAUUGAAUCGUCCCUCACGACGCAACGCUCUUUCCCAUGAUUUCUUCACUGACUUCCCCAAAGUCCUCUAUGCACUCGAUGACAACCCCCAAGUCAAGGUCAUCGUCUUGAUGGGUGCUGGCAAGCACUUCUGCUCCGGCAUCGACCUCUCCAUUUUGGGAUCAACAUCAAGCGCUGGCAAUUCAGGUUCCGGCGAGAGCCUCCGGCGACAGAUCAUGGCGAUGCAAGAUGCGGUGACGGCCCUGGAACGGUGCCGGAAGCCGGUGAUCGCCAGCAUACAUGGAGCUUGCAUUGGCGGUGGAAUUGAUAUCAUAACGGCGUGUGACAUAAGGAUGUGCACAAAGGAGGCAUUUUUCUCGGUGAAAGAAGUGGAUUUGGGCCUUGCGGCUGAUCUCGGAACUCUUCAGAGGUUGCCCUUUAUUGUGGGCUUCGCCAACGCCAUGGAAUUGGCUUUGACGGCUCGCACCUUCUCCGGUUCCGAGGCUAAGGAGUUGGGUCUCGUUUCUCGCACUUUCAAUUCCAAAAACGACCUCGACGAGGCCGUCCGCCUUGUCGCUCAAGCAAUUGCUACCAAGUCUCCCCUUGCAGUUGUUGGGACAAAAAUGGUUUUGCUUAAAAGUAGGGACUUAGCUGUGGAUCAAGGGUUGGAUUAUGUUGCAACCUUGAAUGCUUCCAGAUUGUUAUCCCCUGACUUAACUGAAGCAGUGAUGGCACAGAAGCAGAAACGGAAACCACUCUUUUCCAAGCUCUAAAAUCAAUGCAUUUACUAGUACUAUAUAUUUUGGAGUUCAAUACCACUUUUUAUAUUAAGAAUUUCUUUGUUUCAGUUUUAGUCGAGUACUUUCUCAUAUAUUAAGAAAUUGAUUAUAAGUUUUCUCUUUUAGAAAUAGGCCGACUCCUAAGAUCAGAUGCUAAUACAUUUCAAAAUUGAUAAAGGCUCACCAUUAUCUGUU